AUGGAAGUAGGAGAUGUUUACAUUUUGCGAGUUAAUAAUAUAAAUAAGGAAUCAUCGAAUGUUUUAUGGGGUAUGGGAUUUGAUCAAUUAAGGUUAGACGAGAUAAAACACAAAAAAAAAGUCAGAGUUUUGUCUCAAAUGCAAAAAUUACUUUUAAUGACUCCCGGAACGGAACAAAACCUUUGCUGGCGUGGAAACCGAGAUAGGACCAUGCGAAUGAGCAACAACAGCAAACAUUUCUCUAGCACUUAG